AUGAAGCCCCACACUAACACUGUUGGCUUCGCCGCUAGUAGUCCACCACUCCACAUCACCUCUCCUCCCCGAAUCUCUCUCCGGCGUCAACUCGUCCACGUCUUCCGGCGAGUAUCUUACGCCGAACGCCGCCAAACUACUAGCGUCUCCGUCAUUCUCCGCCGUAAUCCUUCCGAUAAAAACGUCAGAGAUUCGUUGGAAAAUGAAAACUAUUCCGACGAAGCUGGCCGGACGAGUUCGCUCACAAGGAGACAAGCGCUACUCGUUCCGUCACUGGCGCUCGGCGCCUGGUUUCUCAAAUCGGCCGCGGCGAGCGCGGACGACGCGCCUCCUCCUCCGCCGUCAGUGACGGCGCCGGUGCCGAGAGCGGAGGAGAAAAAGGAGGAGGUGAUAACGUCGAGGAUUUACGACGCGACGGCAAUCGGAGAGCCGAUGGCGGUGGGGAAGUUGAGUACAGUGUGGGAGAAGCUGAUGAACGCUCGGAUUGUGUAUCUCGGCGAAGCGGAGCAGGUUCCGAUUCGCGACGAUAAGGAAUUGGAGCUGGAAAUUGUGAAGAAUCUGAACAAGAGGUGCUUGGAGAGUGGGAGAGCCUUGUCUUUGGCUCUUGAAUCUUUUCCUUGUGAUCUUCAGGAGCAGCUUAAUCAGUACAUGAGCAAAAGCAUAGAUGGUGAAGCAUUGAAGUCAUACACUUCACAUUGGCCGCCGCAACGCUGGCAGGAGUAUGAGCCUCUUCUAAGUUACUGCCGCGAUAAUGGCGUCCGGCUUGUGGCCUGUGGUACUCCACUCAGGGUCUUACGGACUGUACGAGCUGAGGGAAUUCGUGGGCUUUCAAAGGCCAAUCGUAAAAUGUAUGCUCCUCCAGCUGGUUCAGGGUUCAUAUCAGGAUUCACUUCGAUCACACGCAGAUCGCCAGUUGAUAGUAAUUCUCCGACUCAGACUGUUCCAUUUGGGCCAAGCUCAUAUCUAUCUGCACAAGCAAAAGUGGUUGAGGAUUAUAGCAUGUCCCAGAUUAUCUUAAAGGCCAUGGAAGGUGGAGGAUCAAGUGGUAUGCUGGUGGUGGUGACAGGUGCAAGCCAUGUCAAGUAUGGGCUUAGAGGGACAGGAUUGCCGGCCAGAAUUUCCAAAGGGAUGCAAAAGAAAAACCAAGUAGUUAUACUACUUGAUCCUGAAAGACAGAACAUACGGCUAGAGGGAGAAGUUCCUGUUGCUGAUUUCUUAUGGUAUUCUGCUGCAAGACCCUGCAACAGGAAUUGUUUUGAUCGUGCGGACAUUGCUCGAGUUAUGAAUGCAGCUGGCAGGAAAAGAGAUGCACUUCCACAGGACCUUCAGAAAGGACUGGAUCUUGGUUUGGUAUCUCCAGAGGUAUUACAGAAUUUCUUUAAUCUGGAGUGAUAUCCUCUUGUUUCAGAACUUACUCAACGUUUCCAGGGUUUCAGGGAAAGAUUGCUGGCAGAUCCAAAGUUCUUGCAUAGAUUAGCUAUAGAAGAAUCUAUAUCAAUAACUACUACUUUAAUAGCACAAUAUGAGAGGCGUAAAGAAAAUUUCUUCGAGGAGCUGGACUACGUGAUUACGGUUACUUUAAGGGGAAUAGUUGUUGAUUUUUUUACUGUGUGGCUUCCUGCUCCUACAUUGUAGUUCCUUUCAUAUGCUGAUGAAACGAAUGUGCCUGAUAGCAUGGACGCUAUUAAAGGUAUUCUUGGGUCCAUUCCAGAUAAUGCGUUUCAGAAGAGUCUUGUGGGGCAGGAUUGGAGUAUCAAUCACAGACUUGCAUCUGUGGUUUUGGGUGGUCUAAAACUAGCUAGUGUUGGAUUUAUUUCCAGUAUUGGGGCUGUUGCUUCCUCAAAUGUUCUAUUUGAAGUUCGCAAAUUCAUUAGUCCAGCUCUGGUAACUAAUCAGCAAAAGAAAAGAACUCCAAUACUUAAAACAGCAAUAAUAUAUGGAGGCUUUCUCGGGACAUCUGCAAAUCUCCGCUAUCAGAUCAUAGCUGGACUAGUGGAGCAUAGACUUUCUGACGAUUUUCUUUCCCGGACAAUCAACUCUUACUGGGGAACUCAGCAAUGGAUUGAUCUGGCACGCUUUACUGGACUGCAAGCGUCAAAGAGUAAACCGUCCGUUUACCAAACACCGGAUUCUACUAACCAAGUUGCAUUGGAAUGUAACAGCACAGAUGAAACAAGUAUAGAUGAAAUCCAAAACAGAUGAGGUGAUUAUCCCACUUUAUACCUUUACACUAAUUGGCAGAUUAUUCUUUAAGAGAUGCUGGCAGAGUAGACAGAUCUCAACAGAAAUGAAUUUUGGUCCGCAGCUUCACAUGUAUCACUUCCAUACCCACAUGUAAAUUGUUUAAUGCAAGUGUAACAGUUCUUGCAAUUUUGGUGAUCAUAAAGUGUGCAUUCUUGAUUUGAA